CUCUCUCUCUUCGAUGAUGUCAAUCAAAACUGAAAUUCUUAUCUCAUAUUUAGUAUUAAGUAUAUAAAUAUACAUUGAAUAUUAAAUAAAUAAAUAUAUAUACAUAUAUCUUAUUAAAGAUCUUGAUAUAAUAUUUUAAUUUAAUUACCCAGGUGAUCGAAUAUAUUACAAAAACCAUAUUGGACAUUAGAAUCUACGUGACAAUAUUUUUUCCAAUUUAUUCCUGUCUGAUUCUCAUACCAAAUUUGAAUUAUCUGAUGCCAUUUUCAAUGUUGGGUACGAUCAUUUUCAUCAUCGGCAUGAUAAUCUGCAUGAUUUAUUUCAUUGAAGAUUUUCCAAGCCCGAAACGUCUCGAUCCUUUCACGAACAUCCAAUCGAUUACAAUAUUUAUCAAUAUAUUUUUUUACACUUUACACAAUGUCACAAUAUUGUUACCAUUAGAGAAUACGAUGCAUAAACCAAAUAAUCUAACAAGAUUGAUAAUCAUUUCAACGAUAUUCAAUACAUUGAUAUAUAUCGUUUUUGCUUUCUUGGGAUAUAACAAGUACAAGGAUACUUGCGACAUUGUGAUCAAGAAUUUGCCUCUCGACGAAGUAUUAUCCGAAUUCGUAAAGAUCGGCAUUGCAGUGAGCGUACUAUUUACAAUCCCUAUAAAUUAUAUCAUACCUGUUACCAUAAUCUGGCCGGUAUUAAUGAACGUUACCGGUAUUGAUGGCCGUUACGAAAUCAUCUUUCGUAUAGCUGGUAUUACGAUUACGACAAUCAUAGCAAUCGCAAUUCCACAAAUACUUCCCCUUACUGGCCUUCUAUCUGCCCUGGGGAUGACGAGUACCAUUUUGCUUAUUCCCAUAUUGGUAGAGAUCAAUACCAAAUGGCAGGAAGCAACAUACAUUUUAUAUAUCAAGAACGGAUUUAUAUUCAUCCUAUUCCUUAUGAUUUUGAUUUUUGGAACUAUAGAAAAUUUGCGUAUGAUUAUAAUCGGAUACACUGAUAUAAACCAAAUUGAUUGCUGAAAAUAUUUUCAAACGAAGAAAAGAUAUGAAUAUCAUGAUCUCUCGAUCGCGAUCGAACGAUCGAGCGAGCGGAGAGAGUGAAUAUAUACGUAAGUAUAUAUAUAGCAAUUACAUAAGAAAAUGAACCAAAAAAUGUGAUUGGUCAUGCCUCUUUGAAAUCGAUUGUAUGCACUAAAGGAGAAGAUACAUGGACGAGAUCGAACGAUUAUUAAUUGUGAUUGAAAAAUAAUAAAAGGAUAAAAGAGGAGAGGGAACAAGUAACAAAAGAAAAAUGCAUUUUUCCAAUUCGUUAAAUUAAUUGUUACUUGGAAA